GUGGCCUCGGCUCGGACCCCUGGAUUCUCCGAUCUCACCCCACACACACACACACACACACAGCACAGUGAGUGACAGAGGGACAACGCUCGGAGGAAUGGAAAGUGACCCCUGACAACAACAACACAAAGAAAGAAACUAAGAAAGAAGCUGAGAAAGAAAAGGAAACGUAACAAAGAGCAGAGAGGUGCUGUGUGCUGUGUUCGACUAAACCCACCGUCGCUGUGGCAGCUGCAACUGACUGAUCUUUGUGAAGUCAAAAAGAACAUCAGCGUGUCGGUCUGAGACGCUCACAGUGACAGACUACUGCAACGUUCAAGAACCUCGCAUCGCAAACAGCAGGAGACCAAAGUUCACCAAAAACAAAAACCUGUCACUCAAACUAUGCCCCCCAAGAAGAAGGCCUCCCGCCAAAAGAAAGCUGCUGUGGAUGCCAUCUCUGAGGUCGUCAUGGAGACCACCCCUGUCCCGCUGACGGUGGAGAGUCGUGGUGAUGGUGUCGUGGUUGUGGAGAGCGGGGUGAAGAAGAUUGAGCAGAUGGCGGCUUUGGACAUUGCUCAGCUGAACAGCCUCAACCUGCCGCUGCCGCCACCCGUCAUCAAGCCCGGAGAGCGUGGCCUGGGCCUCGGCAGCGAGCUGACCCGACCCCUGCACGGCAACUCCCUGCUGGAGGAGCUCAGCAAGAUGCGGCAGGAGAAGUUUCUGACCGACCUGGAGCUGGCCUGUAAGACCAAAGCCUUUGAUGUCCACAAGCUGGUCAUCUCGUCCGUCAGCCAGUACUUCAGAGAGAUCCUGGCCAAGGAUCCUGACAUGAAGCGUCUGGAGCUCCCCUCCCUCUCCCCCCUGGGGCUUGCCAACGUCAUCACCUUUGCUUAUCUGGGUCGUGUCCACAUGUCCCUCUACACCAUCGGCUGCACAGUCUCAGCUGCAGCCACCCUCCAAAUCCCCCAGCUGCUCAAGAUGUGCAUGGACUUCCUGCUGGCCGAGCUUAACGUCCAGACAUGCGUCUACGUCUGGAACAUCGCCGCCGCCUACGGCCUGGGCCCCGUCUGCGAGUCCGCGCGGCGCUUUGUGCUGGAGAACUUUGUGCAGUUUGCAGAGACGCCACUAUUCACCCAGCUGACCCUGGAGCAGAUCUGUGCCUUCCUGCAAGACGACUUGCUGGUCUUGCCCUCUGAAGUCACUGCCUUUAAGCUGGCCAUGCAGUGGCUGGAUUUCGAAGCCUCUCGCCAGGUUCACGCCGCAGAGCUGCUCUCCCACGUCCGCUUUGAAACCAUACCGGCCAGUGAGCUCGUCAGCCAAAUCCAGCCUGUACCACGCAUGAUGCUGGACCCUCAGUGUCACCGCCUGCUGGUGGAAGCCAUGAAUUACCACCUGCUGCCAUACCAGCAGAACACCCUGCAGUCCCGCCGUACACACAUCCGCGGGGGUCAGCAGACCCUGCUCACUAUUGGUGGCCGACCAUCCCUCACUGAGCGAGCCCUCAGCCGCGAGGUGCUGUGGAGGGACCCUCGAGAAGGCGGUGCAAACUGGCGCCACCUCAGCCAGCUCCCUGCAAAGAGCUUCAACCAGUGUGUGGCUGUGAUGGACGGCUUCCUGUACGUAGCCGGUGGAGAGGACCAGAACGAUGCCCGGAACCAGGCCAAACAUGCUGUUGGCACCCUCAGCAGAUAUGAUCCUCGCUUCAACACCUGGCUGCACCUGGCCAGCAUGCGUCAACGCCGCACCCAUUUCUCUCUGGCAGCCAGCGGCGGUCGCCUCUUUGCCAUCGGUGGGCGGAAUGUGGAGGGUCUGUUGGCCACAACUGAAAGCUAUCUGCCUUCCUCAAACACCUGGCAGAUGCGUGCACCUAUGGAAGUACCGCGCUGUUGCCAUUCCAGUGCAACCCUCCCAUCAGGAGACAUCCUGGUGACUGGUGGAUAUAUCAACUGUGCCUACUCACGUUCAGUGGCAUGCUACAACGUGGAGACAGAUUCCUGGAUGGAGAAGGCCUCUUUGGAGACAGCCCGCGGUUGGCACUGCUCUGCCACACUUGGAGGGAAGGUGUACGUGGUUGGAGGCAGCCAGCUGGGGCCCAGCAGCGAGCGAGUGGAUGUCCUCUUCAUGGAGGUUUUCUCACCAGAGAGUGGGUCCUGGAGGCGGGCCGCGCCACUCCCUCUCGGGGUGAGCACUGCGGGGCUGUCGCCGCUAGCUGAUAAGUUGUACCUACUGGGGGGCUGGAACGAGGCGGAGAAGCGCUACAAGGCAGCGGUCCAGAAGUACGACCCGGCCACAGACAGCUGGUGCAUGGCUGAAGAGCUUCCUGAGCCCACAGUGGGAGUGUCCUGUUGCACGCUGACCCUGCCACCGCGCCAUGCACCACGCAGGCAGCAGCACCGCAACACGCCGACCCACGAAGACAUGCACCAGGCUGGUAAGAACAGGAGCAGAGAGAGGAGCACAACAUCACAGGCCAUCACGGCAUAGAGCCCCAAUGCAACAAGGGCGAGACUAAGUGCAGGGGGCGGUAGCCUCUGGAACACAUCUGGACCAUGUCUGACCUUUUUUUCCUGCAGGUAUUUGAUAAUGUCUAGAAAAAUUAUUUGCAGAACAUUACUAUGCUGCAAGAAAAUUACUAAAAUGAAGUCAACCAAAUAAUCAAAUGUGCAAAGAAGUCAGCUACAGAUGUAAAGAGUUGAAUAUUUGAGAUGGGAUGUUAAUUUUUUUAUCUCCCACCUCCUUUCUGGUAUGAAAUACAGGGGGAUAUAGUGAUCAGCAUGUCCGUCUGUACAUUUUCGCUGGUUAGCGCAGUAUCUCAAGAAUCAGUUAACCAAUUUCAUUCACAAUGGUGAACUUGGGUGAUCCCUUUGUACUACACUUUGUAUUACUGAUUUGUGGGGACCGAGGGGGAAUAUGUCAUCUCCUGAUGAUGGUUUUAAUAAUUGUUACUUUGCAAUUUAUUAGUAAAGAAAUUUAUUAGCAAUUCAAUUUAAAAAUUUAAGCCAGUCUGGUACAAUUGUCAUCAAGCUUUGGAGGAGAAAGAGAACACUGAUGGUCCAGAUGGCCUUAAGAUGAAAA